AGAAGCAGCCUUGAAUUCAUCUUUUCAACUUUAAUUUGGCUUGGGUUUACCUUGAAUUGUGUUUUGGUUUUUGGAUUGAGGUAGCCGUGAGUUUCCCCUGAAUUUUCUGCACAUGCCGCCGGCCUCCACCCCAACCCGCCAGCUCCGGCCUUGCUCAUUGAAUUCCGGUAUGGACAGCUUCUCUAAGUCCAGAUUUUACCCCUUUAAUUGCUGAAUUUUGUCUGUCAAAUUGCUGCCUUGUGUGUGUCCGAAUUGUGCCGGAAAUGGGGGGGAAUUCCGGUAGCUUUUAGCAGCAAUUAAAUGUGUUUAAGCUUGAUUAAGUAGGAUUUAGCUUGAAUUGGCUGCUGUGAUGUUUUGUGUGAGAAAUCCCGUGCGUGUGUGAGUUGUGAUUUGCCAAGUUAUGCUCUCUCUGUGAUGCCGUGAGAAAUGGGGAAUUUUGGUAGCUUAAGCUAUGAUUUUAAGAUUAGUUUAAGUGUAAAUUAGUUUGAAUUGGUUAUUGUUUUGUCAAAUUUGGAAGUUGAAGUUACUGUUCACGUGUACUGUUCAUAGAUACUGUUCACACACCGAGGGCUAAUAAUUAACGGGGAUUUAGAUGUUUAGUUUGUGAUAUAAGAAUAAUUUUGGAGAUGUCCGAUUAUGUGGAGAUGGAUAGAAAUAGCAUUGUGAUUAGGGGUAGUGCUAAUGAUGAUUUCACUUGAAAUUGUGGUAGUGAGGUAUUAAUUGUGAAUAUUGUGAUUAGGUUCUUGAUCGUUCUGUCAGUUAACAUUGAGAUCGAGUCUUCGGUUUUAUGCGAGUGAGGUAAGUAACUUAUGGUAAUGCCCUGGAUUUAAGGUAAAGCUUUUUAAAAGCAUGUUUUGACUUGUUUUUGAAGUGGUGGCAGGAUUAAACCCGUUUUAUACAAAAGUAAGUAUGAUUGAUUUGAAAUGAAAUUUUAUGCUUUUCAUUAAAUUGAGCAUGCCUACUGAAAAUUGAUUGAUUGUCCUGACGAUUUGAAAGUGAUUGGUAAAGAAUGAUUUUCUGUGAACUUCUGCCUGUUUUGUCUCCGAUAUGGUUAUGUUAUUGAUUGUAAUCCUGCUAGUGGGGGUUAAACGCUAGCACAUGUCGACAUGUUAUUGAUAGAACCGGUUCGUUCAAG